ACUUAUUUCGCAGCAACAGUCAGAGAAGGAUUAAAAAAUAAAAAAAUGGCAAUGGCAAUGGUGAGAUCUGGUUUCCUGAGAACGGCUCUUCGCGGAGGUUCUAGAGCACCUGCUGCUUCUCCUAAGCGCGGAUUCGCUUCUUCAGGCCAUCACGACGAUGCCUAUGAGACGGCCAAAUGGGAGAAGAUUACAUAUUUAGGCAUCGCUACAUGCACUGUACUAGCUAUUUAUAGCCUCUCAAAAGGUCAUCACCACCAUGAAGAGCCUCCACCGUACCCAUAUUUGCACAUUCGCAACAAGGAGUUCCCAUGGGGUCCAGAUGGUCUUUUUGAGAAAAAGCAUCACUAGGGCAUCUGAUGGCGUAUUUCAUGGGGAUGUUCAGAUACCUUCCGGGGACUACCCUUCUUUAGCUCUUAUAUUCUGUCAAAUGAUUUAAUGACAAUCAUGAAUGUUUGUUUGUUUGCUUGUUAAUGUUAAGAUUGCCAUUUGCUAUUUUCAAUUAUGGAUCUAAAGACUAGCUUGAUGCAAGUUGUUCAGCCUUUUCAAAUGGUGUGGGUAAAACUCAGCUUGCAAAUAAUGAGGCUGAUGAAUGUUAUAAAUUAGCCCUUUGUUAUCCUU